ACAGCCCUUUGAGCUCUCCCAAACACUUCAAACAACUAUCAUGCCGUCAACUUCCUUGAACGAGAGAGGGAACUUCCAGUUCUCAGAAGCACAUGAAAAUAUUGCUGCUGAAGCAGUGGCAAGAGCUGCAGAGGAUCUCUCUCAGUUCCCCCAAACUCUUCAAACAACUACAGUUCCUUCUGCCCAAGAAACCUCUAUAAUGGUGGCUGAUGAUAAGCUGCCUGAGAGGUUUCAGUGGGUGCUGAAUGCACCAGAACCACCAGGUCUAUGGUGUAAGCUGCAGAAUGGCAUUACCGAAACUAUCUUUCCUCUCAAGAACAAAUUUCAACAUCUCAGGGAGCAUCAAGUGUCCAAAUCUUUGGGAAAUCUAUUUCCUAUUCUUUCUUGGGGCAAAGCCUACAACAUCAAAAUGUUCAGGAAGGAUUUAUUGGCUGGUUUGACUCUUGCAAGCCUCUGCAUUCCUCAAAGCAUUGGAUAUGCAACUCUAGCCAAGCUUGAUCCUCAGUAUGGUCUCUACACUAGUGUUGUUCCACCAUUUUUGUAUGCAAUACUGGGAACUUCAAGAGAGAUUGCAAUUGGACCUGUUGCUGUAGUUUCACUGCUUUUGUCAGCCAUGAUUCAGAAGAUAGAAGAUCCUGUAGCAAAUCCUGUUGCGUAUACGGGGCUGGUGAUCACUGUAACCCUUUUUGCUGGUAUCUUUCAAGCUGCCUUUGGAGCAUUCAGGUUGGGAUUUCUGGUUGAUCUUCUAUCCCAUGCUGCCAUAGUUGGGUUCAUGGCUGGUGCAGCUAUCAUGAUUGGCCUUCAGCAACUGAAGGGACUGCUUGGAACUACUAAAUUUACAAACAAAACUGAUAUUAUCUCUGUCCUUGCAGCUGUUUGGAGAUCAGUCCAUGAUUCUUGGAAUCCUCUGAACUUCAUACUUGGUUGUUCAUUUCUCAGCUUCAUCCUAACAACCAGAUUUCUGGGUCGAAAAAAGCAGAAGCUUUUCUGGUUAUCAACCAUUGCACCUCUCACAUCUGUCGUUUUAUCAACACUCAUUGUCUUCCUAACAAGAGCUGAUAAGCAUGGAGUCAAGAUAGUGAAGCAUAUCAAAUCUGGGUUGAACCCUAUUUCUGUUCACCAGUUACAGUUGAACGGACCACAUACUGCUGAAGCUGCCAAAAUUGGGCUUAUUGUCGCAGUUGUUGCACUUGCGGAAGCCAUUGCCGUUGGACGAUCGUUUGCAUCAGUGAGAGGAUACCACCUUGAUGGAAACAAAGAAAUGGUGGCAAUGGGAGUCAUGAAUGUUGCGGGAUCACUAACUUCUUGCUAUGUUGCAACAGGUUCAUUCUCAAGGACUGCUGUUAACUUUAGUGCUGGCUGUGAAACUGUGGUGUCAAACAUUGUAAUGGCUGUGACAGUUAUCAUAUCACUGGAAUUGUUCACACGACUCUUGUUCUACACUCCGAUUGCAAUCCUUGCUUCAAUUAUUCUUUCAGCUUUGCCAGGACUGAUUGACCUAAAUGAGGCUUACAACAUAUGGAAAGUUGAUAAGCUAGACUUCCUUGCUUGCAUUGGAGCAUUUCUUGGAGUGUUGUUUGCAUCUGUCGAGAUCGGCCUACUAGUUGCGGUAGGGGUGUCAUUUGUAACAGUAAUAUUGAGUUCCAUCCAGCCAGGGACAGAAACUCUCGGGAGGAUUCCUGGAACUGAUAUAUUUGUGGAUGUAAAUCAAUAUCCGAUGGCUGUUGAGAUCCCUGGAAUUCUUGUUACCAGACUCAAGUGUGCCUUGCUCUGCUUUGCAAACUCUAAUUGCAUCAAAGAACGGAUACUGCAACUGGCAACUGGAAAGCAGGAGGUGGGUGAUAAAGGCAAUGCCAAAGGAAAGACCCAAUUAAUAGUAUUUGACAUGUCAAAUUUGAUGAACAUUGACACUACGGGGCUUGCUUCUCUGAAGGAAUUGCAUAACAGCCUAGCAUCAGAGGGGAUAGAAUUUGCUGUGACCAAUCCAAGGUGGCAAGUCAUUCACAAGCUAAGGCUGGCCAACUUUGUGAACAGCAUUGGAAGGAGGGUCUUUUUAACUGUUGGAGAAGCAAUUGAUGCGUGUAUUACUGCUAAAAUGGCCUAAUAAACAAGUUGGAGUUGUGUUGUCUGUCCCAAAAAUAUCGUAUAAAUAUAAUGGGAUGUAUAAUAAAUGUAAAUACUUGCUUCUUUCCUUACCAACUAGGACAAGGGAAGAAGAAUGCUAUGGCUUGUGAUGGUGGUGAUAUUCUGUAAGAAACUUAAGCAUGAAAGCUGUGAAAUUCAUGUAGUUGUAAUAUAUCAUGCUUGGUGUGCUGCAAAAA